CGCCAGCCCCUCUUAAGAGUGGAGCCCUACGCGCAGCUCGGCAGUCGGCGCUGGAUUGCGGCCGUGCCGGGCGAGUGUGGGGCGGCCGCGCGUUCCUCCCGCUCCCGUAGCCCGAGGGACUGAAACUUCCGUGGGUGGCUCCCACCGGAGCGCGCUGUCCCGGGCUCACCAGCUACAGCGGGAAGAAGCAGACCGGACGCGAGCUGCAGCAGGAGCCGGGGCGGGCAGCCCGCUGGCCCCGCGCCCAGCAGCAGCCGCGGCCGCCGCCAGCCGGGCGGGCUCCGGGACUGCAGGGGAGGUGCGGACACUCGCAGCGUCCCGAGCAGUGACCGGAGCCAUGAGGAGGAUCGAGCCCGGGGUCGCAGAGCUAGAACGCGGCCGGCCGCUGCACUUGCCGCCGGGAGCUCUGCUCACAUUGCCCGCGUCUUUGGCUACUUCUCGCUCCGGAGGUGAAUAGAGGGGGAGACUCUCGCACCCCGCCCGCGCGGGACCCUGCCGCUGAUACGCUCCAGCGGCGGCCUGGCCCCUGGUGGACAGCGGGCGUCCCCUCGGGGGAUGCACAGGGAAGUUCGGAUCGCCCGCCAAGCCUCCAGGAACAUUCCUUCCGCGAUGCCCCUGUGAAGACCGAGUCUAAUCGGGACCGGCGGCUCACUAACAAGGAGGGAUGACCUAGACCCUGGCUCUGCAGCCUGGGUGUCGCGGCAGAGGGGAGUGGCCCUCUCGGAAGGUCCCAGGCGUCGCCGAGCUGUAACUUCUUGAGGAGAUCUACGUCCUCCAGAGACAUCCCAGGGCAGUGCCAUGUGGGGCAGACGCGGCUCACCCGCCACCUCUUCUGGGCACCGCGCGUCGCUGCUGCAGCUGCUGCUGGCCGCGCUGCUGGCGGCGGGGGCGCGGGCCAGCGGCGAGUACUGCCAUGGCUGGCUGGACGCGCAGGGCGUCUGGCGCAUCGGCUUCCAGUGCCCCGAGCGCUUCGACGGCGGCGAUGCCACCAUCUGCUGCGGCAGCUGUGCGCUGCGCUACUGCUGCUCCAGCGCCGAGGCGCGCCUGGACCAAGGCGGCUGCGACAACGACCGCCAGCAGGGUGUGGGGGAGCCAGGCCGGACAGACAGAGACGGUCCAGACAGCUCGGCAGUCCCCAUCUAUGUGCCGUUUCUCAUCGUUGGCUCCGUGUUCGUUGCCUUCAUCAUCCUUGGGUCCCUUGUAGCAGCCUGCUGUUGUAGAUGCCUAAGGCCAAAGCAGGAUCCCCAGCAGAGCAGAGCCCCAGGGGGCAACCGCCUGAUGGAGACUAUCCCCAUGAUCCCCAGUGCCAGCACUUCCCGGGGGUCAUCCUCUAGGCAGUCCAGCACAGCUGCAAGUUCCAGCUCUAGUGCGAACUCAGGGGCCCGGGCUCCCCCAACAAGGUCACAGACCAACUGCUGCUUGCCUGAGGGAACCAUGAACAAUGUGUACGUCAACAUGCCCACGAAUUUCUCUGUACUUAACUGUCAACAGGCCACCCAGAUUGUACCCCAUCAAGGGCAGUAUCUGCACACCCCAUAUGUAGGGUAUGCCGUACAGCAUGACUCUGUGCCCAUGACUCCAGUGCCCCCAUUCAUGGACGGCCUGCAGCCCGGCUACAGACAAGUCCAGCCUGCCUUUGCCCACACUAACAGUGAACAGAAGAUGUACCCUGCAGUGACUGUAUAGCUUGCAGGUCACCAAUUAGGCUUUUAUGAGACUGAGCGAAACGGCCAGAUUCUUGUGCCAGAAGUCUGCUCAAGUUGGUGGUAUUUUCAUUAAUGUUCUCCCGAAUGACUUCCUUUGCCCGAGAACAUCUCCAGAACAGUGUUUCUGUGCGUGUUUCCUGAUUCAGAACGGAAAAACACAGCCCCUGGAGUCGCCACCUGUGUCCUCAAGUAUGUGACAAAUGCUUGAGCCCCUAAGUGCCCUUGAGGUGCGGCUGCCAGAGUCUGAGGUUGUGUGGUGUCAUUAUUUCUUUUUGUUUCAGCUGCACAAGAGAACACCUGUGACCUCCCCUUUACCUGGGCUGUUUUUUAAAUCAGUGUUCAAGGCUGAAAGGAGAUGUAAAUAAUAUAAUUAUUAUGAAAAGAAGCCAGUUUGAACUCUGACACUAGUCAACAGCCUCAAACCUCAUGUCUUAAUUUCAUUGUAAAAGAUAUAGUUUGUCUAUUUUUAUGCUUCUUGGGGGAGGCUAUUUUGAGUUUUUUUUUAAAUAACCAUGUGUUGAGAUCUUAUUACGAAGUGAUUUUCUACAUUAAAGAGAAGGAAAGGAAAUGUAUGCAUCUAAAGAAGACAUUCAAAUUCUAGGGGUGGAGUGGCAGUGAAGCCAUUAGCCCCUUUUUGAUGGAGCCUUUUUACUUUCUGGCUCUGUGGUGGCACCUGAGAAGUAAUUCGAUGCUUUUUUAUUGAAAUCAUGAGCUAUCUGUCACCUGCUGUGCUCCAAGUUACUUCUAACCUUGCCACGUGAUGUGGCAUGGGGCUUCGUUUUUGUUCCGCCUGAUUUCAGGAUCCCCUUGUCUAAAUAGUACCAAGGGCAGGGAAUUAGCAUGUGUGGAUGAAGGUCAGUAAAAAAUGCAAAGAAAUGUGCUGCAGAGAUGCUCAGUGUUGGUCGUCAGCCACCAUGAGGACCUCAGACACAAAUUGCUUUGCAAAUCAGAAGGCUUUUUUAGACUCUUGUUACCGGAAUGGUCUAUUUUCCCUGCAGCAGGAACAAUGGAAUCCAGAGAAAAAAUCUCCAAGAAGAUGUGACUUCUGGGUCCCCUUUUCACCCCGUCUUCAACAAACUCUCCAAGCACUGCCGAUGUUUCAAGUUAUCAAAUUCAAGUGAAUUUGUAUGUUGAUUACUUAUGAAAAAAGUUUAAACAUGUGUAAGUAAAUUUUCAGCUGCUAGCAAAGCCAAAAUUUGUUAAAUUACUGAAGUUUGGUCUUCUAUACAUCUUACCCACAGCAUCGUCCAUCUAGUCUUCUGUCAUCUGCCCAUUGUCUGUUAGUAGUGACGCCACAUUAUUGUUGACAGUCGGUAUCAGCAGAGAUAGGAGUCAAAGAUUUUUAAUAACCAAAGCAGGAGAAAAUCAUUUUAAAUUUUUAAUAAAUAUUUUAUGGUGUGAA